AUGGAGUCCCAGGGUGAUCAGCCGUCUCCGGGCCCCGACUCGGUCGAGGUUGAGCUAGCAAACGGCAAGCGACGAUGGCGCCGAAACAGAGUCGCCUGCGACUCAUGCCAUACUCGCCGUGUACGAUGCGACCGUGCUUUUCCCUGCUCGAGAUGCCUGCGUGGUGAUAUAAGCUGCCAAUUUACCCGCGAGCGCCGGAAACGAGGACGUAUCGCAAGAUCGAAGGCGAAAUUUGGAAACGCGAAUGCCGAGGAAGAGACAGCCCCAGACCCCACCGUGGGGAAACAGGCCGACGAGGAACAAAAUCGUGGGUCACAAUCGCAGCAGGCGCUGUCACCGGUGAACAAUAAUUCUCCUGUAUCGACCUUCCAGCAGCGAUCACCGGCAUCAAAUGAGAUCAGCGCCGUCUCGGCGCACAGUGUUGACAACCCUCGGUCUGUGCCGGAUCAUCCACCACCGCAGCGGGAAGAGCUCGCCGCGAACAUUACGGAGGAAUGGCUUUCAGCGGCGCAUCUAUCGCCAGACUCAUAUGAUCUGCUUGCAGGCACGGGUGGCAGCGACGCGCCUCUGCCCCGUUUGAUGGACAUUUGGAAUCCGGUUGAUUUCGCUGGACAACGACCAGUUCAGCACGCCCCUCCUAUACCGUCUGUGUCAGGGGCGAACUUUCCGAGACAAAGACGUCCAUCGAGCUUCCGGUCGCCAUUGAAGUACCCUGUAUUGGAACCUCUCAUGCCAUUCCUCGAAUCGAACCUCCCGCAUCGACUGGUGUGCGAUCUGCUUGAACUCUACUUUACCAGCGCUUUCUCAACCCACAUGCAUCCUGUGUGCCAUCAUAUCCAUUGCUAUGUCCUACGGAAGACUUCCUUUCUAAGUGCUGAUCGCCCUAGGCCGACUAGUCCUGCCUUGCUGGCAAGUAUGCUGUGGGUAGCUGCUGUCGAUGAUCGCGCCUUCUCUUUAUCCAUCUCACCAUUACAACGGAGAAGGAUAUGCCAGUUUCUCUGUGCGUUGAUAAUUCGCUUACUGCGACCUUUGAUACAUGUCUCGUUCAAAGACCAAGAUCCAUUCCGCGCGGAAAAUGUGACCAACCAUGAAUUUUCAGCCGGGGCUCACCACCCAUUUGAAGGAGUCGGAGAUGACAAAGGGCUGGUAGGCCCCGCUGGAUCAUUAGACGAUGUCAUUACGUAUAUUCAUGUGGCCUCGAUUGUCUCCUCUAGUGAACAGAAGGCUGCAAGUAUGAGAUGGUGGCAUGCGGCCUUUACACUAGCUCGAGAACUCAAAUUGAACCAGGAGAUGGAAAUAACACCCACUAUCGACAGCAUGAGCGAUGGGUCAAGCCCGUCCUUCGGCUACGGUCUAGGUGGAUGGCCUGGUUCCCCAGGUGGGCUGGGCUUGGACUAUUCGAACACCUCGCGUGCAAGCCUGAAUUGCGUAUGUGAUAAGAGCCAUGACUUGCAAAAUGGAACUAUUACAGAAGAGCAUCGCGAAGAGCGGCGCAGAACCUGGUGGCUGCUCUACAUCAUGGAUCGCCACCUCGCAUUAUGCUAUAAUCGUCCGCUAGCUCUACUCGAUGCCGAAAGCGAAGACCUAUUGCUUCCACUGGAUGAAAACUCUUGGCAAGCCGGGAUCAUUCACAGCAACAGUCCUCGUCCAGAUGGCCCUCAAUGCCCCCGGUCGGGCGACCAAAACAAACGUCGCAUUUUCCCCAACUUCAUCUGCCACGACCACUCUAUCCUUGGAUUUUUCCUCCCGCUCAUGACGAUCACGGGCGAACUAAUCGACCUAAAUCAGGCACGAAAUCACCCUACUCUUGGUGUCCGACUUCAAGGAAAAGAAGCGUGGGAGGUUCACGUGUCGGAAGUGCUGCGUCAACUUGAGGUCUACAAAGCUAGUCUCACCACCUUUGCGACGGCGACAGCGGCAGACCCAGCGGCCUCAUCGACGACUGCCUACGCCAAUAAACCCGACCCUGUCGAUCCGCAAUUGUCUCAGGCCUAUUCUUGGCAUGCCCAAACCGUGAUUGCCUAUUCCUCCUACCUAACCCACGUCCUCCACAUCCUACUCGUCGGAAAAUGGGACCCUGUCUCACUCAUCGAAGACAAGGAUUUCUGGACAUCGUCCCCGGCCUUUGCAUCCACCAUCUCCCACGCACUGGAAGCUGCAGAUUCCGUGCAACAAAUCCUCCGCUUCGACCCGGACGUCAGUUUCAUGCCUUACUUCUUUGGUAUCCAGCUACUGCAAGGCAGUUUUCUCCUUCUGCUUAUCGUCGAGCGCCUACAAAAGGAAGCAGGAGAGGGGAUACUCAACGCCUGCGAGACCAUGAUCCGAGCCACCGAAUCAUGCGUCGUCACUCUCAACACGGAGUACCAGCGUAGCUUCCGGCAGGUGAUGCGCUCUGCGGUCGCCCAGGCUCGGGGUCGCCCAGUCAACUCCAGUGAAAUUCGGCAUCGCCGAAAAGCGGUUCUCGCACUUUACCGCUGGACGCGAAAGGGGACGGGUUUAGCCCUGUAA